UCUUCUCAGACAGCAGCCCCAAGUUCCCGGACAUGGCCCCCUGGCGCAAAACUGACAAGGAGCGUCAAGGCGUGGCCAUAUAUAACUUUCAAGGCAAUGGAGCCCCCCAGCUCUCCCUGCAGAUUGGUGAUGUGGUGCGGAUCCAGGAAACCUGUGGAGAUUGGUAUAGAGGAUACCUGAUGAAGCACAAAAUGUUAGAGGGGAUAUUUCCAAGAUCCUUUAUUCACAUCAAAGAAGUUACAGUUGAAAAAAGAAGAAAUACUGAGAACAUUAUUCCUGCUGAGCUUCCCCUGGCACAAGAAGUAACAACAACGCUUUGGGAGUGGGGCAGCAUCUGGAAGCAGCUGUAUGUGGCCAGCAAAAAAGAGCGGUUUCUCCAAGUGCAGAGCAUGAUGUAUGACCUGAUGGAAUGGAGGUCUCAGCUUUUGUCCGGGACUCUGCCAAAAGAUGAGCUGAAGGAACUUAAGCAGAAAGUCACUUCAAAAAUUGACUAUGGCAACAGGAUCCUUGAGCUAGAUCUGAUUGUCAGAGAUGAAGAUGGCAAUAUCUUGGAUCCUGAUAAAACCAGUGUCAUCAGCCUGUUCCAUGCACAUGAGGAAGCCACAGAUAAAAUCACUGAACGCAUCAAAGAAGAAAUGUCGAAGGAUCAACCGGAUUAUGGAAUGUAUUCCCGGGUCUCCUCCUCCCCCACGCACAGCCUCUAUGUCUUUGUAAGGAACUUUGUAUGCCGAAUUGGAGAGGAUGCUGAACUCUUCAUGUCGCUUUAUGAUCCCAACAAGCAAAUGGUCAUAAGUGAGAACUACUUGGUGCGAUGGGGAAGUAAAGGCUUCCCAAAGGAAAUUGAAAUGCUGAACAACCUGAAGGUCGUCUUCACGGAUCUUGGGAACAAAGACCUCAACAGGGAUAAAAUUUAUUUGAUCUGUCAAACUGUCAGAGUUGGGAGGAUGGAUCUCAAGGAUUCCAAUUUAAAGAAGUGUACUCAGGGAUUAAGGCGCCCAUUCGGGGUGGCAGUUAUGGAUAUAACAGACAUCAUCAAGGGGAAAGCAGAAAGUGAUGAAGAGAAGCAGCAUUUCAUCCCCUUUCACCCGGUAACAGCUGAAAAUGAUUUCCUACACAGUCUCUUGGGUAAAGUUACAGCCUCCAAGGGAGACAGUGGAGGUCAAGGCCUCUGGGUGACAAUGAAAAUGCUGGUUGGAGACAUCAUUCAAAUCCGGAAGGACUAUCCCCACCUGGUAGACAGGACGACCGUUGUGGCCCGGAAGCUUGGUUUUCCUGAAAUCAUCAUGCCUGGGGAUGUCAGGAACGACAUCUACAUCACCCUGUUACAAGGAGACUUUGACAAGUACAACAAGACAACGCAGAGGAACGUGGAAGUGAUUAUGUGUGUCUGUGCGGAGGAUGGCAAAGUGCUGCCUAAUGCCAUUUGUGUGGGAGCUGGGGACAAGCCUAUGAGUGAGUACAGAUCUGUCCUCUACUACCAAGUCAAGCAACCUCGCUGGAUGGAAACGGUCAAGGUGGCUGUCCCUAUUGAAGACAUGCAGAAGAUCCACCUGCGUUUUAUGUUUCGGCAUCGGUCAUCACUAGAGUCUAAAGAUAAAGGGGAAAAGAACUUUGCCAUGUCCUAUGUGAAGCUGAUGAAGGAAGAUGGAACCACUCUGCAGGAUGGGUGUCAUGAUUUGUUAGUCCUGAAGGGGGACAGCAAGAAGAUGGAGGAUGCCAGUGCUUAUCUGACUCUUCCUUCCUAUCGGCACCAUGUUGAAAGCAAGGGCUCCACCCUGAGCCGGAGUUCCAGCAGUGUGGGAGGACUUUCAGUCAGUUCCAGAGAUGUGUUCUCUAUUUCCACCCUUGUGUGCUCUACCAAGCUAACUCAGAAUGUGGGUCUGCUAGGUCUGCUAAAGUGGCGUAUGAAACCUGAACUACUACAAGAGAAUUUAGAAAAACUGAAAAUUGUGGAUGGAGAGGAAGUUGUGAAGUUUCUCCAAGAUACCUUGGAUGCCCUCUUUAAUAUCAUGAUGGAACAUUCCCAGAGUAAUGAGUAUGACAUCCUGGUCUUCGAUGCCUUGAUCUAUAUAAUAGGGCUCAUCGCUGAUCGGAAAUUCCAGCAUUUCAAUACUGUCCUGGAGGCCUACAUACAGCAACAUUUCAGCGCAACAUUGGCUUACAAGAAACUGAUGACAGUUCUGAAGACCUACUUGGAUACCUCCAGCAGAGGGGAGCAGUGCGAGCCUAUCUUAAGAACUCUGAAAGCUUUGGAAUAUGUGUUCAAGUUCAUUGUUCGGUCGAGGACAUUAUUUUCACAGCUCUAUGAAGGCAAAGAACAGAUGGAAUUUGAAGAAUCCAUGAGACGGCUCUUUGAAUCCAUCAACAACCUGAUGAAAAGUCAAUACAAGACCACCAUCUUGUUGCAGGUGGCUGCUUUGAAAUAUAUCCCAUCUGUUCUCCAUGAUGUGGAAACCGUCUUUGAUGCUAAGUUACUCAGCCAGCUCCUGUAUGAAUUUUACACUUGCAUCCCACCAGUCAAACUUCAGAAGCAAAAAGUGCAGUCCAUGAAUGAGAUCGUCCGGAGCAAUCUCUUUAAAAAACAAGAGUGCCGGGAUAUUCUGCUCCCAGUCAUCACCAAGGAACUGAAGGAGUUGCUAGAGCCAAAAGAUGACCAGCAAUACCAGGUCCAAGAGAAGAAAUACUGUGUUGAAUUGCUCAACAGCAUCCUAGAAGUUCUCAGCUGUCAGGACCCCGCCUCAACUUACCAUCAUAUCCAAGAAAUCAUGGUUCAACUGCUUCGCACAGUGAAUAGGACAGUUAUCACUAUGGGGCGUGACCACAGUCUGAUUAGUCAUUUUGUGGCAUGCAUGACAGCCAUCUUAAACCAGAUGGGAGACCAGCACUAUUCUUUCUACAUUGAGACUUUCCAAACAAGUUCGGAACUUGUGGACUUCUUGAUGGAAACAUUCAUCAUGUUCAAGGAUCUCAUUGGGAAGCAUGUCUAUCCCCAGGACUGGAUGGCGAUGAGCAUGGUCCAGAACAGGGUCUUCCUGAGAGCCAUCAACAAGUUUGCAGAAACCAUGAAUCAGAAGUUUCUGGAGAAUACAAACUUUGAAUUCCAGCUGUGGAACAACUAUUUUCAUCUGGCAGUGGCUUUUAUCACCCAGGAUUCCCUGCAGCUGGAGCAGUUCUCUCAUGCCAAGUACAAUAAGAUCCUGAAUAAAUAUGGUGACAUGAGGCGGUUAAUUGGCUUUGCCAUCCGUGAUAUGUGGUACAAGCUUGGGCAGAACAAAAUCUGUUUUAUUCCUGGGAUGGUUGGACCAAUUCUAGAAAUGACACUCAUUCCUGAAGUUGAACUCCGGAAAGCCACAAUCCCAAUUUUCUUUGACAUGAUGCUGUGUGAAUAUCAGAGGUGUGGAGAUUUCAAAAAGUUUGAAAACGAAAUCAUCCUCAAUUUGGACCAUGAAGUGGAAGGAGGACACGGUGAUGAGCAGUAUAUGCAACUGUUGGAGUCUAUAUUGGUAGAGUGUGCUGAGCAUCACCCAAGCAUCACCAAGUCUGUGGAGAACUUUGUGAUUCUUGUCAAAGGCCUCCUAGAGAAGCUGCUGGAUUACCGGGGUGUGAUGACUGAUGAGAGCAAGGACAACCGCAUGAGCUGUACCGUGAACUUACUGAAUUUCUACAAAGAUAACAACCGAGAAGAGAUGUACAUAAGGUACCUAUACAAACUUCGUGACCUUCAUUUGGACUGUGAGAAUUACACAGAGGCUGCCUACACUCUCCUUCUACAUACCUGGCUCCUCAAGUGGUCAGAUGAACAAUGUACAUCUCAGGUCAUGCAGGCAGGAUUUCAGCAGUCACAGACACACCGGCAGCUGAAGGAGACUCUGUAUGAGACAAUCAUAGGCUACUUUGACAAGGGAAAGAUGUGGGAAGAAGCCAUAGCCCUGUGCAAGGAGUUGGCGGAGCAAUACGAAAUGCAAGUGUUUGAUUAUGAACUCCUGAGCCAGAACCUGAUUCAACAAGCAAAAUUCUAUGAAAACAUCAUGAAAAUCCUCCGGCCUAAACCAGACUACUUUGCUGUUGGAUAUUAUGGCCAGGGUUUCCCUUCCUUCCUGAGAAACAAAGUAUUCAUCUAUCGUGGGAAGGAAUAUGAGCGGAGGGAGGAUUUCCAAAUCCAGCUGAUGAGCCAGUUCCCCAAUGCAGAGAAGAUGAACACAACAUCUGCCCCAGGAGAUGAUGUAAAGAACUCUCCUGGCCAAUAUAUUCAGUGCUUCACAGUCCAGCCUGUCUUGGAUGAACAUCCCAGGUUCAAGAACAAGCCUGUGCCUGACCAGAUUAUAAACUUUUAUAAAUCAAACUAUGUGCAGCGAUUCCACUACUCUAGGCCAGUGCGGAAGGGAACGGUUGACCCUGAAAAUGAAUUUGCUUCAAUGUGGAUUGAGAGAACAUCCUUUGUGACAGCAUACAAGCUCCCAGGGAUCCUGCGAUGGUUUGAGGUGAUUUCCAUGUCCCAAACCACAAUUAGUCCUCUGGAGAAUGCCAUCGAAACCAUGUCCACAGCUAAUGAGAAGAUCCUGAUGAUGAUUAAUCAAUACCAGAGUGAUGAGAAUCUCCCCAUCAACCCUCUCUCCAUGCUUCUGAAUGGGAUCGUGGACCCUGCCGUCAUGGGAGGAUUUGCAAAAUAUGAAAAGGCUUUCUUCACAGAAGAAUAUACUAGAAAUCACCCUGAAGACCAAGACAAACUGAGCCAACUCAAGGACCUGAUCGCAUGGCAGAUCCCCUUCCUAGGAGCUGGGAUUAAGAUCCAUGAGAAAAGGGUAUCUGAAAACCUCCGUCCUUUCCAUGACCGGAUGGAAGAGUGUUUUAAGAGCUUGAAAGUGAAGGUGGAAAAGGAAUAUGGAGUCCGAGAGCUGCCUGAUUUUGAUGACAGGAGAUUAGGCCGUCCUCGAUCUAUGCUUCGAUCCUAUCGGCAGAUGUCCAUCAUUUCCCUGACCUCCAUGAGCUCGGAUUGCAGUACCCCCAACAAGGCUGUAUCAGAAAGCUUUGACCUGGAUGUAGCCCCACCAGGGACCCCAAAAGCAGAGAUGGAAGAGAACCUCCCUCAAGGCAACACCCUGCCUGAGGUAAAGCUACGGAGGUCCAAGAAGAGAAUGAAAAGAAGUAGUGUGGUGUUUGCUGAUGAGAAAACCGUGGCUGAGUCAGACAUGAAGCGAUUAUCAAGGAAGCAUGAGUUCAUGAGUGACACCAACCUCUCUGAACACCUGACUCUCCCACCAAAAACAUCUGUCCUUAAGCAGAUGAGCUUCGCCAGUCAGUCUAUGCCAACCAUUCCAGCAUUAACGUUGUCAGUGGCCCCCAGUCAGGGGCCGGAUGAGGCCUGUGCAUCCCCCCGGCUCAGCCAGACCUUCUUUCUCUCUGAUGGGGACAAGAAGACCCUAACAAGGAAAAAGGUGAACCAGUUCUUCAAGACAAUGUUGGCGUCCAAGUCUUCUGAAGAAGGAAAACAGCCUGGAGAACGUGUUCUAGAUAACCUGUCUACUGACCUCUGAGGCAGCUCCAAUCUAGUCCCUUCAGACACAGAGAGAAGGGGCCACCCUGCAGAAGAGAAAGAAGGGAUUCAGGACAUAGCACCUGAAGGAAAGGGUGAGAGAUUCCUCUCAACUCUGACCACAUUGAGGGCAUGACUCACUACCAACACUGGAGACUUUGUGGACCAAGAUCUCCCAUCCCUGGCUUAUUAUUUCGUUGGCGCAGAGAGGAAGCUCUUCUCCCUCUUCAUGGAAUCACUCUUGGGACACAGAUAGACAUUAUUUCUUCUUCUGAAAUACUCCAGCACUGUAGCAGCCUUCAAGAUGUCCUGGACAAGUAUUUCUAUAACACAUUUUUACAACAGAGUUUGGGGGCGUGGGGGCAAGAAUUGUACUUUUGGUAUUUUCUAAUUCCUGAUGACUAAUAGGAAGAGCCUUUUAAAAUACUUUUUAAAUACUUUGCAUUCUAAAACCUACCUGCUGGCCUCUUUCUAUAUGUCUCCUUCUUCUAUGUCAUGUUUCUUUUUUCUUACUGACAAUAAAAGUGACUCUGUGCCUUGUGGUCAGGAAUCACUUGACUGUUGUCACUGGCUUCCUAUCCUCCUCCCACUCCAUACUAGGACUUGUUGGCAGCAUCUCAUGCUUCCCAGCUGAGGACCAGGAGUGAAGAAGACAAGAGCAGGCAUUCUGCCAGGCUUAAAAAAGGGGAACAGAAUCCAGUUGGGUCAUGCCUGAAGCCAGAGCCAUAUGGAAUCACAAUGAAGGAAACCAGCCUGUCCUUGGAGGACUCAAGCAGAAGUCAAAUUCUCUGUCACUUCUCUCUCUAUCCGUUACCCCCUGAAAGUCUUCUCUCCACAACCUUUUAGGAGCCAACUCCUGGGGUGAAUAGCUUUACUCAGACAUCUGUAACUAGUUUUCAUUCUAAGGACAGUGAAAAUAAACAUUGUAAUUGGAGUCACAA